CAUGAGGUUGUUCCUUUCUUAUUUAAAUAUGGUGAUUCCCUUGUUUCAUCAGCCAUAGGCUUUGGGCCUGGGCAGGAUCUGUAACCCACAGCCUUUGAGUUCUUGACCUAUCCUCUGAGAUUUGUAGGGUUCAAAGUAGAAAGACUUGGUCCCCUGCUUCCAGUCCUGUCUGGUACCUGCUCCCUAAUCUUUUCUGGCUAACCAUUGUGCUUUCCAGUAAUUAUGUUUACCAUUUUCUCACAUAGGGAUUAACAACAUAGGCUGUGGACUCAGAGUGCCUAGGUUUAAGUCUUGACUGCACCACCUCCUUAGUAGUUAUUCAGUCUCUUUGUGCCUCAGUUUCUUCAUUUGUAACUAACACCUAUCUCAGAAGCCGUGGGAAGGAUUAAGGGAUGUGAUAGGAAACACUCACUGACUCUUGGAUAUCAUUAUUUAUGGUUGUUACUUGGUGUCUCUGCUGCAUUUUGUUUAUCCGCUGCUGGUUCCGUGACUGUCCAUCAGUGUGCCUUGUGCCUGUUCUGUAGAUUUUAUUUCACAGUCUCUUGGUUUUGGUGGGUGGCACACUGCCCUGAAAGGACGGGGACAUGAGAAAGAUUCUGAGCCCUUUAGUUGUCUCUAGUGCUACAUCAUGAUUGUCAUCAUUGCUGUAAACCGAAAAGUAUCUGAGACAAGUCUUACUCAAUUUAGAACGUGUAUUUUGCCAAAGUUAAUGACGCACCCAUGACACAGCCUCAGGAGGUCCUGACAACAUGCGCCCCGGGGUGGUCGGGGUACAGCUUGCUUUUAUACAUUUUAGGGAGACAUGAGACAUCAAUCAAUAUAUGUAAUAUGUACAUUGGUUCGGUCCAGUAAGGCGGAACAAUUCGAAGUAGGGGGUUUCCAGGCCAGAAGUAGAUAAGAGACAAAAAGUUGCAUUCUUUUGAGUCCUUGAUCAGCCUUCCGAUGAAUACACAAUUGUGUCUGGCUCAGUGAACCUACAUUUUUACAUGAACAAUAGGGUAGAGGAAGCAAUCAGUUAUGCAUUUGUCUCAGGUGAGCCUCAAAGGGAUGACUUUGAGUUGUGUCUGUCCUUUUUCCAUAAGGAAUUUUCUUGGGGGCAAAUGGUGAGGGAGGGAUGUAGGUUGUUGUCUUUGUAGCUAUCUUAUUUAGCAAUAAAACAGGAGGCAGGUUUGCCUGAUGUAGUUUCCAGCUUGACUUUUUCCUUGGCUUAGUGAUUUAGUUUCCUUUCGCGUUGCUAACUCAAUCACAGGAGACAGGAGUGUGGACUGAAUAUAGCAAGAAUGCCAAAGUAUGUAACAGCUUCCUUAGUCAUGAUAGAGACUGAGAAACAUCGGCUCACCUAAGCUUUGAGGUUAGCUGGAGUCCAGUAGAAGAGUUAUAACUAAACACCGGCCCUUGUCUGUUUCCACUUGUGCCCAUUCAUUGAAGCUGAGAUUGGACUGUGACUAUGUACCAGUAGCAAAGGUGAUAGAAAUCAAACAUAGCUCUUAGUUUUAGGGACUCAUGGCCUCCUGGGAAAGGGACCCAACGGGCAUAGCUGGCAGUCAUGGCCAGGGUUGUGGAAGCCCAGGUCCGGGCAGGAUUCAAAUGCUCCUCAGAGUGUGCCAGCAGCCUCAGCCUGAGGGAGAGCUUGUCAGGGGGUGUUUUACAACGUCUCCAGAAGCCUCUUAUGCCCUCCAGAGUGAAAAGCACGGCAUUGGUGAUGAAGUCUUGUGGCAAAUAUGCAAGGCACGUGUGGAUAUUUCCUUCUCUUGGAGGCUUACGAGGUAGCCCCGGUCUCCUGGUGCAGUGUUUAUAGCAGAGUCCACUGGGACUGCCGCUCUGACAAAGACUGUGCCACUACUUUGUGGAAUGUUUUUUAGAACUUCCAGAACGCAUCAGUAAAUCCUGACUGCCAUGUAACUGUGUACUGUGCUGCUGAGCUCUUAACAUGAAGCAGCAGCAGUGACCCUGGCGGGCCAGGCUGACGUGCGUGGGAACAGUGGGAGUGACCCUGGCUGGGAAGCAGGGAGGCCUGGAUAUUGUUUCUCCUGGCUCUGUGUCCUGCCAUUCUCGUCCCUGUGCUCAGAGCUCUCAAGCACCCACGAUGGCCUUCUCAGGCCGAGCGCGCCCCUGCGUUAUCCCAGAGAACGAAGAAAUCCCCCGAGCAGCCCUUAACAGUGUCCACGAGGCCAAUGGGACUGAGGACGAGAGGGCUGUUUCCAAACUGCAGCGCAGGCACAGUGACGUCAAAGUCUACAAGGAGUUCUGUGACUUUUAUGCGAAAUUCAACAUGGCCAAUGCCCUGGCCAGUGCCACUUGCGAGCGCUGCAAGGGCGGCUUUGCGCCCGCUGAGAAGAUCGUAAACAGUAAUGGGGAGCUGUACCAUGAGCAGUGUUUCGUGUGCGCUCAGUGCUUCCGGCAGUUCCCAGAAGGACUCUUCUAUGAGUUUGAAGGAAGAAAGUACUGUGAACAUGACUUUCAGAUGCUCUUUGCCCCUUGCUGUCAUCAGUGUGGUGAAUUCAUCAUUGGCCGAGUUAUCAAAGCCAUGAAUAACAGCUGGCAUCCGGAGUGCUUCCGCUGUGACCUCUGCCAGGAAGUUCUGGCAGAUAUCGGGUUUGUCAAGAAUGCUGGGAGACACCUGUGUCGCCCCUGUCAUAAUCGUGAGAAAGCCAGAGGCCUUGGGAAAUACAUCUGCCAGAAAUGCCAUGCUAUCAUCGAUGAGCAGCCUCUGAUAUUCAAGAACGACCCCUACCAUCCAGACCAUUUCAACUGCGCCAACUGCGGGAAGGAGCUGACUGCCGAUGCACGGGAGCUGAAAGGGGAGCUGUACUGCCUGCCAUGCCAUGAUAAAAUGGGGGUCCCCAUCUGUGGCGCUUGCCGACGGCCCAUCGAAGGGCGCGUGGUGAACGCCAUGGGCAAGCAGUGGCAUGUGGAGCAUUUUGUUUGUGCCAAGUGUGAGAAACCCUUUCUUGGACAUCGCCAUUAUGAGAGGAAAGGCCUGGCGUAUUGUGAAACUCACUAUAACCAGCUAUUUGGUGAUGUUUGCUUCCACUGCAAUCGUGUUAUAGAAGGUGAUGUGGUCUCUGCUCUUAAUAAGGCCUGGUGUGUGAACUGCUUUGCCUGUUCUACCUGCAACACUAAAUUAACACUGAAGGAUAAGUUUGUUGAAAUUGACCUAAAGCCAGUCUGCAAACACUGUUAUGAGAAAAUGCCAGAAGAAUUUAAGAGGCGACUUGCCAAACGGGAGAGAGAAGCAAAGGAUAAGGACAAGCAGAAAAAGAAAAAGCCAGUCUGUUUGUAAACUUUUCUAUCCCUGUGUCAUCAUUUUCACUACUUUCUCCUUUGGAAUAAGUUUGUGGAGUUUGACAUGAAGCCAGUCUGUAAGAAGUGCUAUGAGAAAUUUCCACUGGAGCUGAAGAAAAGACUUAAGAAACUAGCUGAGACCUUAGGAAGGAAAUAAGUUCCUUUAUUUUUUCUUUUCUAUGCAAGAUAAGAGAUUACCAACAUUAUUUGUCUUGAUCUACCCAUUUUUAAAGCUAUAUCUCAAAGGAGUUGAGAGAGAAGACCUAUAUGAAUGGUUUUAUGUAAUUUUUUUAAUUAAAAAAGAAAAAUUCAUACAAUCGUGUUUAAAACACAGAUGAAGUCAGUAUUUGCCUUUGUUAACCCUUAUCCAUUUGUUGACAUGUAGACUGUUUACAAAAAAAAACCACAUGGUUAAAUGUUAAAUUUUAAUUAAGGCCCCCAAAAAUUAAAUAUAACUUUUUAAAAUGAAAGGAGUCACCUUUUACAUGACUCAGGUGAAAAAAAACAGUAUAAACAUUAAUUUACUUUGUAUUCAAAAGAAAAUUCCAAUUGCUGUUGGGGAAGGACACAGAAAAAUAACCACCCAAGAAAAACAAAAACAGGAAAAACAAAUCUUAUACAAUCUUAGUAUAUUUAUCAAACUAGUAGCUAUAAAGAUGCAAUAAUUAUUAUGCUUAGUUUUAUAACCUGCUCUCCUUGUGAAUUCUUCCUUCAAAUGAUUACUUAACACAAUAGUAAUAGCUAGCUAGUGGGAUGUCUUUUAAAUUUUUGUGCAAAAAAAAUUAUACCAGGUAUUUGAAAAUAUACUUUACAAUAUUGGAAAAUGAAGUAUUUUUAAUGUAUUACAGCAAUUAUGUUUCUAAGCUUAAUGUUAAGCAUGUAGUCUUAGGACAUGAAAUUAAAUUGUAUGUAGCUUGGAAUGUAUUGCUUCAGAAAACAAUGUGUAUGUCGGUCAUAUUGCCUUUAUAACCAUGCUAAUACAAUACCUAUGCUUUAUACAUACUCAAACUUGCCUUGACUUAAAAAAAUACAUACUACAUACUUAAAUCAGGAAUUCUAGCCAUCUCACAGAAUACCAACUAAAACUAAGUGCAUUGAGAUCGGAGAUUGGUAAACCCAGAUUCAUUGACCAGAGCUGUAAUGAAGUUUUUUAAAACUCUAUUCUCCUCUUUUUGGGGAAAUCCAUUGAAGUUAAUUUCUGUUACCUUAUUAGAAGAAAAUGAUGUUGAUAUGUGUUUCAGAUUUUCCAUUUCAAAUCUUAUAAUUAGUUGGAUUUAUUUACUAUAAGUAGGAGGUAUAAAUGACACUCUUAAAUUGGAAGGAGGGGUGUUUUAGUGUCUGUUUUAGGUCAAAAUUAGUGGUUCUAUUUUUAUCAAAAGUUUUAUCCUGAAGUUUCAGGACCACUCUUCCUUAAUAAACUUAAUGGAAAGCGAGCUUUAUGAACAUUUAAAAAUGUUGCUGCUGCUUUGUUACUUAAAAAGAAAGUUGCCAAGAGAGACUUCUUAGGGAAAAUAUUUGUUUUUUUCCCAAAAAUUGCUGAAAUAUUGUUUUGCCAUUUUUAAAAAGUCUCAGGUUAUUACCACUCUGCCCUUAAAUAUUUGUAUGCCUGCAUUUUUAAAAAUUCUGUGCAUGUACUUUAUGGAGUACAUUCUAUUUUUGUUUUCAGAUACCCUACAACCAAUUUUUUUUUAGUAAUCUUUUAGAAUUAAAAUUAUCAUAAAUGAUUGAAAAUAAUCAUCACAUAGUUUAAGAUUGUAUGUGUUCAGUAGUUUAAAACAAUCUUUGCAUUUGACAGUAAGAAUCAAAGUCCCUUCAGUGUGCCUUUGUCAGCUAAUACGUGACCAGCAAUGACAACCUUGGGAGUAUUUAUUAAAUAUUAUACUAUGAAUAUAGGCAACAUAGGACAAGGUUUGCAGUAUAGAGUCUUGAUGCUAAAUUCUCAUAUACCUCUACACGAGAAAUAUGGAGGAGAAAAACAAGCAUUUACAUAUAUUCUUCAUCACUUUGAAGAUGCAUGGCCUGAACUCGACUGCUUGUGUUUGUUUACAUAUCAGGCAUAGCCAGGCAUCUCCAGUAGCCAGAGGUUCCAUUGCUGUCUUUACUCAGUCCUCUUUUAAAAUACGAAUUAGUGGCCAGGCACGGUGGCUCACACCUGUAAUCCCAGCACUUUGGGAGGUCGAGGCAGGUGGAUCACGAGGUCAGGAGAUCAAGACCAUCCUGGCUAACACUGAAACCCCAUCUUUACUACAAAAAAAUUAGCCGGGCGUGGUGGCAGGCGCCUGUAGUCCCAGCUACUCGGGAGGCUGAGGCAGGAGAAUGGCGGGAACCCGGGAGGCAGAGCUUGCAGUGAGCCAAGAUCACGCCACUGCACUCCAGCCUGGGCAACAGAGCAAGACUCUGUCUCAAAAGAAAAAAUAAAAGAUAAAUUAUGAAUGAGUAUUUUCUAGAAAUCCAACUUGCUAAGCCUGUAAUACUUAAGGGUAGUUUAUCUAGAUACAGUAUUUUCUUCCCUGAUAAAUAGUAUCAUUGGAGCCCUUAGGUAUAGGAGAAGAGGAAGAAGUUUAAAAAGUGUUAAGUGGGCCGGGCGUGGUGGCUCACGCCUGUAAUCCCAUCACUUUGGGAGGCCGAGGGGGGCAGAUCACGAGGUCAGGAGAUCGAGACUAUCCUGGCUAACAUGGUGAAACCCCGUCUCUACUAAAAAUACGAAAAAACAUUAGCCAGGCAUGGUGGCGGGCGCCUGUAGUCCCAGCUACUUGGGAGGCUGAGGCAGGAGAAUGGCUUGAACCCAGGAGGCGGAGCUUGCAGCGAGCCGAGAUCGCGCCACUGCAUUCCAGCCUGGGCGACAGCAAGACUCCUCUCAAAAAAAAAGUGUAAGUGGAUUAAAAGAGAAACUUAGUCUAGUUCAUAAUAUUUUUAAUAGGGCUUUCCCUGGCUGCUGGAAAACUUAGGCCAGUAAGCAUCUCUUUGUUUAAAGUCCUACAAGACAAUUUGAAAUAAUUCAUUGUUCAUGCCAAAAUUCUAAGUACUGUUUUUCUUAGCAAGUGUAAUAUAAUCGGGAAAAAUGGGUACAAGUAAAACAUUCUUUGGAUCAUACUCAAAGCCUUAUUAGCACUGCACCUGAAUAAUAGGUCAUUUUGCCUCACUCAUUUGCCAAAGUAGCCAUUUCUAAGUUAAGGAAGUUUUUAGGUAGGCUCAUAGCCUUGUAUUUCAUUUUAGAUUGUAAGCUCAAUGGCAGGGAUACUAUGUCGGUAAUUAUGUUUUCAUAUAGCAACCAUCACAGUAUAUUCUUGGUGCUUAAUAAAUGUUUAUAAUUGUUAACAAUAA